UUUCCGUCCCCUCUGGCAGGCUCGCGUAGGCGUAUGAGGGCGCUGCCUCGCGUAGGCGAGCCCGGGCCCGUGCGCUGGUGGUGGUUGGCCUCGCGCGCGCGGCCGCGGCGGGCGAUGGGGUCGUCGGCGCCGGCGAGGGCGGCGGGCGGCAGAAGGGAUCCCGGCGAGAACCCGGCGGUGGGGAGGCUGCGGGAGCUCUUCACAGGCGACGCGGCAGAUGGGUGGGAGAAGUCCUGGGAGUUUGGUGUGACCCCGUGGGAUUUGGGAAAGCCAACACCUGUCAUCGAGCAUCUUGUUAGAUCAGGAACACUCCCAAAAGGAAGAGCUUUGGUUCCUGGAUGUGGAAUGGGAUACGAUGUGGUCGCUCUGGCAAGUCCUGAACGUUUUGUUGUUGGCUUGGAUAUUUCUGAUCUGGCUGUUAAGAAGGCUAAGCAGUGGUCAUCCUCUUUGCCCAAUGCAGAUUAUUUUACUUUUCUGGCUGAAGAUUUCUUCAAGUGGAUACCGAGUGAAAAAUUCGAUCUUAUAUUUGAUUACACGUUCUUUUGUGCACUUGACCCGAGCUUGAGGGUGGCUUGGGCAGAGACAGUUAACCGGCUUCUAAAACCAGAUGGAGAGCUUCUUACCUUGAUUUAUCUGAUAAGUGAUCAAGAGGGAGGACCACCUUACAAUAAUACAGUUGCUGAUUAUCAGAAGGUACUGGAACCGCUGGGUUUGAAGGCCAUUCUUAUGGAAGACAAUGAGGUAGCCAUUAAACCACGGAAGGGCUGUGAGAAAAUUGGGAGGUGGAGGAGAUGUGCACACCAAUCAUCUCUGUGAGACAAAGCAGUGGUAUUUUCCUAAACAAACAAAGAAAAGAAGUAGACCAUGUCGCUGCCUCAAUUAUUGGAUGCUUUGGUGCUCCUGCUCCGUCACCUUCGGACGUCAAUGAGAUGCUAGCUUCAAUUGGGGAGAUGCAUAGAGAUCUCGGUUGCCUAGAGGUGUCGCCUUUAGUGGCUAGUUGUGCCACUACAUUCGUUGCUUCUCUUAGAGUUGAUAGUGGUUCGGUCGAGAAUUGUAUGUGUGUGAUUCAUCCCUGUGAGACUAGUUUUGCAGGUAUCCUGUUGGUUUUGGUAAGCCUUAGUAAGUUAGUUUACUAAGACUAUUUGUUGUAAAUCUUCUUUCCUCUUAAUGAAAAACAUGCUUAGACACGGUUGCGAAAAAAAAAGAAAAAAAGAAGAAUAGAUUGAAGGAUCAACUUCUUACCUUUGUUAGACCUA